AUGGCUGCCCCACCGCAGGCCUUAGUCAACAGAAAUAAAAAGCAUUUCCUUGGAGUACCAGCCCCUUUAGGUUAUGUUGCUGGUGUUGGAAGAGGCGCAACUGGAUUUACCACACGAUCUGAUAUUGGUCCAGCAAGAGAUGCCAAUGAUGUAUCGGAUGAUCGUCAUGCUCCUCCAGCAGCAAAAAGAACUAAAAAGAAGGAUGAGGAAGAAGAAAAGGAGGAGGAAGAGGAUCUAAAUGACUCUAAUUAUGACGAAUUUAGUGGUUAUGGAGGUUCUUUAUUCUCAAAGGACCCUUACGAUAAGGAUGAUGCUGAAGCGGAUGCAAUUUAUGAAGCUAUCGAUAAACGAAUGGAUGAAAAACGUAAAGAGUACAGAGAAAAAAGGUUGCGCGAAGAAUUGGAAAAGUAUCGUCAAGAAAGACCAAAAAUUCAGCAACAGUUCUCUGAUUUGAAAAGAGAUCUCGCUCAAGUUAGUGAAGAGGAAUGGAAAAGUGUUCCUGAAGUUGGUGAUGCAAGAAAUAAGAAACAAAGAAAUCCUAGAGCCGAGAAGUUUACUCCUCUCCCAGAUAGUGUAUUGUCCAGAAAUCUUGGCGGUGACGCUGCGACAUCACUUGAUCCUAAUUCUGGACUUGCUAGUAUGGUUCCCGGAGUUACAACACCAGGUAUGCUCACCCCAACUGGGGAUAUGGAUUUGAGAAAAAUCGGACAGGCCCGAAACACCUUGAUGAAUGUCAAGUUAUCUCAGGUUUCCGAUUCGGUAACUGGCCAAACUGUCGUUGAUCCCAAAGGUUACUUAACAGAUCUGCAAUCCAUGAUUCCUACUUAUGGAGGGGAUAUAAACGACAUUAAAAAAGCACGACUUUUGCUGAAAUCCGUUAGAGAAACGAAUCCUAAUCAUCCGCCAGCGUGGAUCGCUAGUGCCCGUCUUGAAGAAGUCACCGGAAAAGUACAAGCAGCCAGGAAUCUGAUUAUGAAAGGGUGUGAAGUGAACCCUCAGAGUGAAGAUCUAUGGUUGGAAGCAGCUAGGUUGAAUCCAGCCGAUACAGCAAAAGCCGUCAUUGCUCAAGCCGCUAGACACAUUCCUACUUCGGUUAGGAUCUGGAUCAAAGCCGCAGACUUGGAAACAGAAACUAAGGCCAAACGGAGAGUAUUCAGGAAAGCUCUAGAACACAUUCCUAAUUCGGUACGUCUGUGGAAAGCGGCUGUUGAAUUGGAAAAUCCAGAAGAUGCCAGGAUCCUAUUAUCUCGAGCUGUAGAAUGCUGUCCUACUGCCGUAGAAUUGUGGCUGGCCCUAGCAAGGUUGGAGACAUACGAAAAUGCACGGAAAGUUCUUAACAAAGCUAGAGAGAACAUUCCCACCGAUAAACAAAUCUGGACAACAGCUGCAAAACUGGAAGAAGCUAAUGGCAAUCAUCACAUGGUUGAAAAAAUCAUAGAGAGGGCAAUCAGUUCUUUGAGCGCAAACGGUGUGGAAAUCAACAGAGAGCAGUGGUUCAAAGAAGCGAUCGAAAGCGAAAAGGGGGGUCACGUUCACUGCUGUCGGGCCAUCGUUAAAGCCAUCAUAAGUUACGGGGUGGAACCCGAAGACCAGAAGCACACUUGGAUGGAAGACGCCGACAAUUGUAUUAAUCAAGGAGCAUAUGAGUGUGCUAGGGCUGUGUACAAUAUAGCCCUGGUUACUUUCCCCGGCAAGAAGUCGAUUUGGUUGAGAGCUGCCUACCUAGAGAAGAACCACGGUACGAGGGAGAGUCUGGAGAGUCUUCUUCAGAGAGCUGUGGCCCACUGUCCGAAAAAUGAAGUGUUAUGGCUUAUGGGGGCGAAAAGCAAGUGGUUAGCUGGUGACGUCCCAGCAGCCAGAGGUAUCUUGUCGUUGGCUUUCCAGGCCAACCCGAAUAGUGAAGAGAUCUGGUUGGCUGCCGUGAAAUUGGAGUCGGAAAAUAAAGAAUACGAAAGGGCUAGAAGGCUCCUGGCCAAAGCUAGAGGUUCUGCUCCUACUCCCCGAGUAAUGAUGAAAAGUGCGAAACUCGAAUGGUCUUUGGACGAUUUAGACGCGUCCUUACUACUUCUAGACGAAGCGCUUAAAGUGUUCCCAGAUUUUGCCAAGUUAUGGAUGAUGGUUGGGCAGAUUCACGAACAACGCAAAGAUAUGUCGAAAGCUUUCGAUGCAUACAAUUCUGGGAUAAAGAAAUGUCCCAAUUCGAUUCCCUUAUGGUUAUUACUGUCAAAACUAGAAGAGAAGCGCGGACAGUUGAUAAAAGCACGUUCUGUAUUAGAAAGGGCACGACUAAAGAAUCCCAAAAACGAUCAUUUGUGGUUAGAGGCCAUACGAAUCGAAAUCAGAGCCGGUAUGAAGGAUAUCGCCAAUGCCAUGAUGGCCAAGGCUCUCCAGGAGUGUCCUACGUCUGGUAUUUUGUGGGCAGAGUCAAUUUUUAUGGAGCCUAGACCGCAACGGAAAACUAAAUCGGUUGACGCUCUGAAGAAAUGCGAACACGAUCCGCACGUUUUACUAGCAGUAAGCAAACUAUUUUGGUCUGAGAGGAAAAUCGGGAAGUGCCGAGAGUGGUUCCAAAGAACCUUGAAGAUCGAACCGGACCUUGGCGAUGCUUGGGCUCAUUGGUAUCGUUUUGAACAGCUGCACGGUACCAAAGAACAACAGGAGGAGGUUAAAGAGAGGUGUCUAGCCGCCGAGCCCCAUCAUGGAGAGUUGUGGUGUUCCGUUUCGAAGGAAAUCAAAAACGUGGGACUUAAUACCGAGCAGACACUGACAGCAGUCGCUAGAGAAGUACCGAUACCUGUUUAAAAUAGAUAUAGUAGUUUAAAUAUAGCUGAUAAAAUACUUUAAGGAUUUUUUAUUGUUUACUUCAAUAUAUUAGUAAAGAAUGAGGAUUUUCUUUCUUUAUG